CAAGCAUUGGUGUCGUGAUAUUUCACGAACAGUGCGUGUCACGCAUAUAAAAGCAACACGCCACCAACUCUAGUGUAAAAGGGCGCCACGCUAUCUUUCAUGUAAUUGUGCAAGUCUCUAUGUAUCGUCGUCCGCUGAUUGCUGAUUGCUGUGCACUUGUUCGCUAAACCGCAGCGAGCGCUGGCAUUGCCAUCGGCAGCGGGCGUAACGGUAAACGAGAACGACGCCGUCGUCGCAGGCACGACGACGGUCGCAUCUGAUAGACAGCUGUCUCCUGGUUACGUCAGUCAAAAUGACGCAUCGUGUUUUGGUAACAGGAAUGCAUAAAUGCCAGCAGACAACGAGCGACAACGUCGCCAUCGCCGUCGCCGUCGCCGCCGCCAUUGUCGCCACCUACUGGAGCGAGAGCCACCAGAAAAGAAAAUCACCACAAAACAAAAGAACAAAGCGCAAGCAGCGACGCCAAACAACGACGACAACGACAGCGACGCCAAACAGCAGACGCAGACAGCAGCCACAAAGAGCGCACGCGACACUCCGCCUUUGGCGCCCACAUCGAGCCACCCUCGCAACUUUCGAGGCAACUCUGGCAACGCUGACAACUCUGGCGGGCCAAUAACCUUUCCGCAAUUAGGCAAAGUGCAGCUGCGACUAGAGAAACUCUCCAAAGUGCAAUACAAAAUAACUUCUCAAUCUCAGCGCAAAAGAAUCUUUGAGUCACAAUUACAAUUAACAUUACAAGCUGAACGCCUAACCUGCAAAUACCCUCUAAAUCAAAAUAAAUAUUAA